AUGUCCGCCAACAAGAACAUCAAGAACACCAACACCAACAACCGCUCUUCCUCCCCGUCAGCUCUCUUCUCAUUACCGUCAGUGACACCGAGUCCUGGUCCGAGCUCUACUUUUGCCGCUGGUCAUGCUGCUACUCAUGCUGCUGGUCCUGCUGCCGCCGCUUCCGCCCGGAAUCUCGCUGAACUCUUUGACCGCACUCAAGACCCACCGUCUCGGGAGCUGGCUCGUCUUACCGUCACCAAUGACGGGCCGGUGGCUGCUGCUGGUACUGCUCGUCCUACUCCCAUUCCACCUGGUCCUGCUGUCCACGUUCGUCCGCCAAGUCUGGAUCCGCCGCAGGCAAGAAGUCCUGGUCAGAAUACUUGGUCGCAGCCCCAGGCUCCGCCGCUGCCACCAACGCUCACAAUGCGCGAACGCGCUUUUGUAGAAGGUGGGCAGAGACUGGCAGCGAUGUCAGAGUCUGAAGGUGCAGGAUGGGGGGAGAAGACCACCGAGGAGGUUGAGGAGAACGCUAAGAAGGAAAGAGAGGAGCAUAGGGCGAAGGGCGAGGCGAUCGCGCCGGGUUGGGAGCAUGAGGAAGGAGACGACGCCAACGAAAAAGGUGGCGGUGAGCAGGGGAGGGUGGCGUUGGAGCAUAUUGAUGGCGAGGAUGGUGGGGACGCUGCUGUCGCUGCCGCUGCUGCUGCUCGUGCUUCGGGGGCUAAUGCAGAGCAUGAGCAGGAGAUCACCAGAAGCAUUCCCAACUAUGUCAUCCUUGCUGGCCGUGCCGAAGAGUGGCGCGCAGCGUACCGCCAGCGGGAUCGAGAUGCCGAGCAGGGGGUGGUGCGGGACUGCUGUCUGUUGGGAGAGAGGGCAUGGUGGUGUAGUUGUUGGAUGUAUGGUUUCGACUAG